AUGGUUGGAAGUCAGUCGACGUCAAGUCCUGCUUUAGUUUCGGAUGCACAAGGAUCCACACCAAGUGCCCAAAACAGGGCAAAUCAGAACAGAGUUGUGCCUUUGUCGAACACAUAUGUAGUUGUGCUUAGGCAACAGAUGGACGAUAACAAUCAUGAGUUGGUAAACAUGCUAACUAACCAAAUGGGAACUGUCUUUAAUCCUAUAGUGCAGGAAUUAACAGAGUCGAAUAGACAGGUGGUCGAUCUACUCACUCGACUAUGCAACUACUUGGGGGCACCUCAGACGACCGGUCGACAACCUCCUCAAGCUCAUAGGCAGGUGGUCGUGCAUACACCUACAGAAGACGAUUCAUUGGAUGAAGAAACAGUACCACAAAAUCAAAUCCCUAUGUGGCGACCAAAUCAAGGUGGAGUACGAGGAAGACAACAGGUUGUGAUGGUGGGUCGACAACAGGAUGCUGAUCAAUUUGUUGAGCAGUAUCAACAGGAAGAAGUAGCCAUGGAGAAUAACCUUACUACAACGAUCGAAAGGAUUAUGGCUAGAAACAAAAUGAAUACUCCAUUAGAAAAGCCGACAUAUUCUUCCCCGUUAGUUGAAUACAUUGUACAGACAGAGAAUCCUAGGGGCUGGAAAAUACCUAAGUACACCAAGUUCGGAGGAGAAACAGGAGAAUCGAAAGUCGAGAAUAUUGCCAGAUAUCCGACUGAAUCAGGAGACAUGGCGAAUAACGAAAGCCUCAGAGUUAAGCAUUUUCCAUCGUCUCUUACAAAGGCAAUAUUCACCUGGUUCACUACAUUACCCCCCAACUCUAUCGACUCAUGGCCAAAAUUGGAAAAGCUUUUCCAUGAGCAGUUUUAUGAAGGCCAUUCGAAAAUCAGUCUGGUCGAACUGUCGAGCAUCAAAAGGAGAUUCGUAGAGACCAUCGACGACUAUCUGAAUAGGUUUAGGUCACUUAAAGCUAAAUGUUUCACGCAGGUGCCUGAACAUGAACUGGUUCAGAUGGCGGCAAGAGGUUUAGAUUAUUCCAUUAGGAAGAAAAUAGACCCAACUUUUGUCAAAAGUAUGUCGCAGUUAGCUGAUAGGGUUCGACACCUUGAACUCUUAAGACUAGAAAAAGUCAGGCAUACCAAGGCAAAAGCUAAAAAAGAAAGGGUAGCUUAUGUCGAUUACGAUGAUACAGACCCUAUAUACGAAGCUGACUACAUCUCGCCGACAAAGGCAGAGAUUGAUCUGGCCGAAAUGAAACCAGGGCCAGCAUACGAAUGUAAAUCGUUAUUUUCGUCGAAAGGAAAGAAUGUCCCUGUUGAUAACAAUUCGAAAUUACCGCCAUUAGAACAACGACAAAAAAGAGGUUUCUGCAAGUGUCAUAACUAUCUUGGGCAUUCAACCUCUCAAUGUUUUCUUUUCAGGGAUCUGGUCCAGAAAUCACUUCAGGAAGGUCGACUGAAAUUUGCUGCCAGGAGGAUGAAAAUCGAUGCUGACCCACUCAAAUAA